AUGACUCAAGACACCAGUUCUAAGAGUAGCCAGAAGCCCAGAGCAGAGUCACCUACAACCAGCCUGCUAUCAAUGAAGAGUGAUCAGCCACCUGCUUUCAGCCAGGAACCAUUACCAGACGACAAUAAGGAAGUGGAGAGUUUGGACAAUGAGGAUGCAUUAAAGAUCACACACAUCCUUCUGGACAGAAGAAGUCAAACUCUGCUGACAGUCCAACAAGACAUUAAGGCUAAACUGAAACACAAGUAUCAACACAUAUCUGAAGGAAUUGGACACCAUGGAAACCAAAGUCUGUUCAAGGACAUCUACACAGAGCUCUACAUCACAGAGGGUGGAAGUGGAGGGGUCAGUAAUGAACAUGAGGUUAGACAGAUAGAGAUGGCAUCCAAGAAACAAACCACACAAGAGACACCAAUCAAAUGCAAUGACAUCUUCAAGCCUUUACCUGGACAAGACAAACCUAUCAGAACUGUGCUGACAAAAGGAAUCGCUGGCAUUGGAAAAACAGUCUCUGUGCAGAAGGUCAUCCUUGACUGGGCAGAGGGAAAAGCAAAUCAGGAUGUUAAUUUCAUGUUUCCUCUUCCUUUCCGUGAUCUGAACCUGAAAAAGGACCAAUACAGUCUGAUGCAACUUCUUUCCCACUACUUCCCAGAGCUGAAAGAGAUUGACAGCAUUGAAGAUGGUGAAACCAAAACUGUUUUCAUUUUUGAUGGUCUGGAUGAGUGUCGACUUCCUCUAGACUUCAAAAACAAUAAGAAGUGCUGUGAUGUCAGGAAGCCAACCUCAGUAGAUGUGCUGCUGACAAACCUCAUUGAAAAGAAUCUGCUUCCCUCUGCUCUCCUCUGGAUAACCUCAAGGCCUGCAGCAGCCAAUCAGAUCCCUCCUGAGUGCGUUGACCAGGUGUCAGAGUUACGAGGGUUCAAUGAUCCACAGAAGGAGGAGUACUUCAGGAAGAAAAUCACAGAUCAGAACAUGGCCAAUGAAAUCAUCAAACACAUGAAGAAAUCAAGGAUCCUCCACAUCAUGUGCCACAUACCAGUCUUCUGUUGGAUAUCAGCUACUGUCCUUGAGAUGAUGCUGAAAGUGGCAGAGAAGGAUGAAGUCCCCAAAACUCUGACCCAGAUCUACUCACACUUCAUACUCAUCCAAAUCAUUGUGAAGAACAGGAAGUACAACAAAGCCACAGAGACAAACCCAAAGGAACUGUCUCAGUCAGACAAAGCGAUGAUCCUGAAACUGGCAAAGCUGGCUUUCCAACAGCUGCAGAAGGGCAACCUGAUCUUCUAUGAGGAGGACCUGAGAGAGUGUGGCCUUGAUGUCACAGAGGCAUCAGAGUACUCAGCAUUGUGUACAGAGAUCUUUAAAGAAGAAUCUGGGCUGUACCAAGAGAAGGUCUACAGCUUUGUGCAUCUGAGCAUUCAGGAGUUUCUAGCAGCAGUGCAUGCUUUAGAAUCAUACGUGUUGAAGUCAGACGUGUUGAAGUCAGACGUGUUGAAGUCAGACGUGUUGAAGUCAGACGUGUUGAAGUCAGACGUGUUGAAGUCAGACAAGUUGUCUGACUUACACAGGACAGCAGUGGACCAGGCCUUGAAGAGUGAGAAUGGACACCUGGACCUGUUCCUCCGCUUCCUUCUGGGUCUCUCACUGGAGUCCAAUCAGAAUCUGUUACGAGGCCUUCUGACACAGACAGGAAGUACAACACAGAACAAUGAGGAAACAGUCAGGUACCUUUCAGACAAGAUCGAGGAGGAAUCCUCACCAGAAAGGAUCAUCAACUUGUUCCACUGUCUGAAUGAACUUGGUGCCAACUCUCUAGUUGAAGACAUGCAGACCUCCCUGCGAUCAGGAACUCUUUCAGAAACAGAGCUAAAACCUAACCAAUGUUCAGCCCUGGCCUACCUGUUACUGAUGUCAGAGGAGGUGCUGGAGGAGUUUGACCUGAAGACAUACAACACAUCAAAGGAAGGUUAUCAGAAGUUGCUGCCGGUAGUGAAAACCUGCAAGAGAGCACUACUGGAUCGCUGUGAACUCACAUGUAAAUUCUGUGAGACUCUGACCUCAGCUCUGCAGACACCAAACUCCCCCCUGAGAGAACUGGACCUCAGCUACAAUGACCUGGGAGACAGAGGAGUGGAGCUGCUCUGUGUUGGACUAACCAGUCCACUCUGCAACAUACAGACACUAGUUCUAGGUCAGUGUGGUCUGACAGAGGGUUGCUGUUCAGAUCUGGCCUCAAUCCUGAGUUCACCCAACUCACAACUGAAACAACUGGAGCUGAGAGACAAUGACCUGCAGGACUCAGGAGUUACACUGCUGUCUGCUGGACUGGAGGAUCCAGACUGUAAACUACACACACUGGGACUGGAUGGCUGUAACCUCACAUAUGAAUCCUGUGAGACUCUGGCCUCAGCUCUGCAGACACCAAACUCCCCCCUGAGAGAACUGGACCUCAGCAACAAUGACCUGGAAGACAGAGGAGUGGAGCUGCUCUGUGUUGGACUAACCAGUCCAUACUGUAAACUACACACACUGGGACUGGAUGGCUGUAAACUCACAUAUGAAUCCUGUGAGACUCUGGCCUCAGCUCUGCAGACACCAAACUCCCCCCUGGGAGAACUGGACCUCAGCAACAAUGACCUGGAAGACAGAGGAGUGGAGCUGCUCUGUGUUGGACUAACCAGUCCAUUCCGCAACAUACAGACACUAGUGCUGUCUGGCUGUCUGGUCACAGAGGAGGGCUGUGCUGCUCUGUCUUCAGCUCUGAGGUCAAACCCCUCCCACCUGAAAGAGCUGGACCUGAGCUACAAUCACCCAGGAGACUCUGCAGGGGGACUGCUUUCAGCUGCUCUGGUGGAUCCCACAUAUAAACUGAUGAAGCUGAAUGUGGAUCAUGGUGGAGAGUGCAGGCUGAAAUCAGGGCUGAGGAAAUAUGCCUGUCAUCUCACCCUGGACCCAAAUACAGCAAACCCAAACCUGAUACUGUCUGAGGGGAACAGGAAGGUGACAUUGUUGGUGGAGAAGCAACAUUAUGAAGACCAUCCAGACAGAUUUGAUAUUCAUCCUGACGUUGUCUGCAGAGAAGGCUUAUCUGGAUGUCGUUAUUACUGGGAGGUGGAGUGCGAUGGUCCCGGGGCUAACAUUGGUGUGGUGUACAAAGGAAUGAAGAGGAAGGGAGGGGGGGAUGACAGCUUGGGGAUUACUCCUCCUCCUCAGUGA